CUGCUCAAAAGAGAUUCGAAGGGAAAUGUCUGCUCGAUAAAAGCCUCGAACGGCUGCCAUUCUUCUCGCACGGGCCCGAAAGAGUUGCCGUUGCAGUUCGGGCUACUAAACAAAGGCCAACGGGGGACUCCUACUGGUCCAUGGCGGCCUGACACUCGUGAAGGGGCGGAGCAGCGGCGGACGACUGCUGUGGCUCAAGGAAAAAGAUCGCGAUGCGAACUCGCGGACAGGGAUCGCCGAGAAGAGCCUCGUGGGGUUGCUGCUGCGCGAACGGGAAAAUCGCCGGAGCCCCCAGCUACUUCUACUGGAGAAGAGCAUAGAGUGGUUGAAGAUGGCCUCUGGUUCUUCACACCCUCCUGCCCCAAUUCGUCAGCCUACUGCAGUCACUACACCCUUAUCUGCCUCUUCUUCUGGUGCCAAGAUGCCUUGCUUACCGCACAUUUCUAUGAAAAUAUGAGAUGCUCUCUCAUUCACGUCUUUGUGACGGGCGGUGUCUACCGCUGGCCGGUUAUUGCUGCUUUCUGGAAUAGAACAAAAUUCGAUGUCAUUAAAAUCAAAAUGAUGACUGAAAUGAGGAGGUUUUCCAAAGUGAUAGCGCUUUGUAGGAAGGUCGACCACUACCUUGAGAUGAGUCGAUGUUCUCAAGGACGAAAGGACGAAGCCGAGUCCGUCGAUGCGAUGGUCUCCAAUAGUCGAUGUCGCAAGAAUAUAGGUUUGACAACUGAUAUGCAUGACAAAGCGAUGGAUUCUCUUAUCUAA